AUGGUGUGUAAUAGAGAUGGUAAAUAUAUCAGAUUGACGCCUGAUCCAGAUUGCAACUGUAUUAUUAACCUAUUGAGUGUUAUAUUGUGUGUAAUAGAGGUGGAGUGUAAUAAAGGUGGUAAAUAUAUCAGAUUGAAGCCUGAUCCAGAUUGCAACUGUAUUAUUAACCUAUUGCAUGUUAUAUUGUGUGUAAUAGAGAUGGAUCGUGAUUUCUUUAGAAAUUACCAUAAAGGCAUUGGAGGUGCGGAAAACUCAUCAACAUUGAGAGCUCUGUAUUAUCCCCCUUUACCAGAAAUAGGCGAGAGUUUUAUUUUAAUGACUUUUCAAGUCUGCUUGAGGACCAAGAGUUGGCAAAUUGUCAAAAAUGUUUCCGGCAUUAUGAACGGCAAUCUCUGUCAUGUCAAAUUAUCAGAUUUAGCAGAUCUGGAUGGUGGUUUGGAGGUGUGUAAUAGAGGUGGUAAAUAUAUCGGAUUGACGCCUGAUCCAGAUUGCAACUGUAUUAUUAACCUAUUGAGUGUUAUAUUGUGUGUAAUAGAGAUGGAGUGUAAUAAAGGUGGUAAAUAUAUCAGAUUGAAGCCUGGUCCAGAUUGCAACUGUAUUAUUAACCUAUUGAGUGUCUAUAUAUUGUGUGUAAUAGAGGUGGUGUGUAAUAGAGAUGGUAAAUAUAUCGGAUUGAAGCCUGGUCCAGAUUACAACUGUAUUAUUAACCUAUUGAGUGUUAUAUUGUACGGGUGUAAUAGAGAUGAUGGUAAAUAUAUCAGAUUGACGCCUGGUCCAGAUUGCAACUGUAUUAUUAACCUAUUGAGUGUUAUAUUGUGUGUAAUAGAGGUGGUGUGUAAUAGAGGUGGUAAAUAUAUCAGAUUGACGCCUGAUCCAGAUUGCAACUGUAUUAUUAACCUAUUGAGUGUUAUAUUAGAUGGUAAAUAUAUCAGAUGGACGCCUGGUCCAGAUUGUAACUGCAUUAUUAACCUAUUGAGUGUUAUAUUGUACGUGUGUAAUAGAGAUGGUAAAUAUAUCAGAUUGACGCCUGGUCCAGAUUGCAACUGUAUUAUUAACCUAUUGAGUGUCUAUAUAUUAGGUGGUAAAUAUAUCAGAUUGACGCCUGAUCCAGAUUGCAACUGUAUUAUUAACCUAUUGAGUGUCUAUAUAUUAUUGAAGCCUGAUCCAGAUUGCAACUGUAUUAUUAACCUAUUGAGUGUUAUAUUGUUGGUGUGUAAUAGAGAUGGUAAAUAUAUCAGAUUGAAACCUGAUCCAGAUUGUAUUUGUAUGAUUGUUGGCAAUGUCUUACAGAGAUUUACUUCUGAUAAACUUCUAGCUACUAAACAUCGUGUACUGGUUCCGGAGGACGAAGUUUUGAAACAGAGAGCACGCCAAUCAGUGGCCUUCUUUAUACACCAUGAUAAUGAAAUCAUUAUACAGUGUCUGGACGGAAGUGACGUGUAUGAAACUAUAUCUGCUGUUGAUUAUCUGGAAUGGAAAUUCAAUCAGUUAUUUAAAAUGAAUCCGGGUAAAUUGACUGGAGGGGGGAAGGCAUAG